AGACUUGAAUGUUUGGCGCAUAUUCAUCACUGUAUCAGUCCAAAGCAGUCGGUAAAAAAGACAUUGACGUGCAGUCUGUCAAAAUGCAUUUAUUCAGCAUUAUAGUAAACAAACAACCGUGAAGAGCGCUUCUCGAAACCCACUGUAAAUCCUAAAAUCCUAUGAAUGAAUUUCAUAAAAAGAUCUAACCGAUUUGUUCAACUUCAUAAUUUACGCGAAAUGUCUUCCUCUAAAUCUAAAAAAUCAACACAAAAAGUGCCAUCCAAAGGCGUAGAUGCUCCAGUUGCUAAUGCACCAGUGAGUAAAAACAAAUCCGGCAACAUUUCUAUAAAAAUACUUGCCAAGCCCGGCGCUAAACAGAAUUGCAUUACUGAUAUAACGGAAGAAGGUGUCGGCGUGCAAAUUGCUGCUCCUCCCGUCGAAGGAGAAGCCAACACUGAAUUAAUUAAAUUUUUCUCGAAAGUUCUUGGCCUCCGGAAAAGUGAUGUUAGUUUGGAUCGCGGAUCGAAAUCGCGUAGUAAAAUAUUGGUCAUACCAAGUAGUGUUAUUUCGGUGGAACGAACAAUUGAAAUGAUAAACAGUGCACGCGAGACAGGUUGAUCAAGUUACUCAUAUUUUU